UCGGGGCUUUUCUUCUUUCUGCAGCUUGCAAGGAUCUUUGGAUUUUGCAAAGCAGUUCCAAGAAAACAAUGGCUACCUUCUCCUUAUGGGCAACUUUUGGAUUAUGUUUGCUGAAGCUUUGUCUAACAGAAACAGAAUUCAAUGUAAGUUGCAGAUAUGGAGGAGUUUUUCAUGUUGAAAAAAAUGGUCGGUACAGUCUCACACGAUCUGAAGCAGUUGAACUCUGCAGAGCUCUCAACAGUACCUUGGCUACACUAGAACAGCUGAAGAAAGCACAUGAGCUUGGAUUUGAAACUUGCAGGUAUGGUUUCGUGGUGGGGCAUAUUGUUAUCCCACGGAUCAAUCCCUAUCAUCUUUGUGCAGCAAAUAACACUGGCAUUUACAAACUUCCAGCAAAUACGACUGCUCGGUAUGAUGCAUACUGUUACAAUGAGACAGAAACAGCGGAUAAAACAUGUGAGCCAGUUGUAAAAAUAGAUACUUCUUUACUCAGUAAUCAGGAUGAAACAGUCAUUGACAACGCGGAUGGCUCCCGGUACAACGCGGAUGGCACACGCCAUACCAGUCCAGGAGAGUCCUCCACCUCAGGGGUUGAUGAGGAAAAUGCAGGUAGUGGAUCAACUCAUGAGACAACUCCCAUGGAUGCCUCCAUCAUGAGAUCCAGCCCCUCGUAUUAUGGAAGUCCUACUACAGACUCACAGCUGCCAGAUCAUACUUCUGGAGGAGGUGAAAAAGGAAUUCCUGGAAAAGGUUAUGAUGAUGGAUUUCCAUCUGUAUCACCUGACAUCUCUUGGGGGACAGUGGCUGGUGAUUUCCAUGAAGAAUAUGAUGGACAGUAUCCUGCAAGUCCGACUGUGGACUCACAACACGAAACACUUCUGGAAAUCACCACACAAGAUCAUUGGAGCCCCACCUUCACAGAUGAAGAGGAGCAGUAUCCUAGCUCUGCUAGCAGGGUUGCAAGUGAAAAUGAAAAACAUCAAGGACCAACCCAACAUCCACUAUUACACAGCAUUCAUUCUGGAGGGAUCAGUCAAGAACAAAAUCCUGCAAACACCACUGGCAGUACUGAACAACAUGAAUUUGCUACUGCAGGUGAAAAUUAUUUUGGAAAGGAAGCUUCUACAGCUAUGGUCCCCAGCCAUGGGGCCAAAGAGAACGACUCAGCGCAUGACCCAUUGGUGUAUCCAGGCUGGGAUGAGGGAGAGGAUUAUGCCACACAGCCUGCUGUAACGGAUAGAGUUAUUCCUUCCAGAGUGAGCAAUCAUGAAAGAGAGUCUUCCACUACAGCCGUUUCCUCACCUGAUGGGGCCCACCACGAAGAGCCAACACUACCUUGGAUAAUGCCUUGGGAUAAUGAAUCAGAAAUGAGCACUGAAGGCAUCGUGAAUCCCACAGAUGCCCCUGGGGACGAAGUUCUCCACAGGACCACAGCCACUAUGAACAAAGCUGUCACAGCCUCCACUGACAUUCUGGCAUCAGAAGAUGUAACCCAGGAAGCAUGGACACCUCACUUUGUGGUAUCAGCUGCUUCCUCUCCUGAUGGUGCCCACCACCAAGAGCCAACUCAAACACCUCUGCCUUCAGAUGAUGAACCAGGGCAGGGCUCUGAAGGCAUCACGAAUCCCAUGGAUAUGCCCAGAGAUGAAAUCCUCCACAGGACCACAGCCAGUGUGACCAGAACUGUCGUAGAGUCCAUGGAUGAUGUUGAGCAAGAGAAAGCAACCAAGGAGCCACAGGCACCUGGCAGUACACCUGGAAGGGAAGGUGAACCAGCAAACACCACUCAUGGUUUCUAUGUCCAUGGGAUGCCUGGAGAUUUUUCAGACAUUGAGGACCGUUUUAUUCCCUUGCAGGAUCCUUUCACUAACAGCUCUAGUGUAUAUGGUGACCAAGGACCACACAAGGGACAUUAUGAAUCCACCACUUCCCCUGGAGAGACAGCCACAACAAAAAUAGCUUCACAACCAAGGUCGGCCCCUGUACCAGACUGGCUGAUCAUCGUUGCAGCUCUCGUGGUGCUUGCAUUGAUCAUUGCAGUGUGCAUUGCUGUUAACAGUCGCAGAAGAUGUGGGCAGAAGAAAAAGCUAGUGAUUAACAAUGGCAAAGGGGCAGUGGAGGACAGGAAGACAAGUGAAUUAAAUGGAGAUAUCAGCAAAUCACAAGAAAUGGUGCACUUGGUUCAUAAAGAACAGUCAAAUGACCGAACAGAAGCAUGUGAUGAAUUCCUGACUGUUAAUGAAACACAAAAUCAUCACGAGUUUGACAUGAAGACUGGAGUGUAAUGGUACCACACUGCCAAGCUGAUCAGGGCUGGGGAAACCAAAAUCAUGUGGAACUUGAACAGGAAUUCACAGAUGCACUGUGCUACUGAUGUCUUUUGAACAUAUGCAUAAGUUCUGUUUCUUUUUAAUCACUUUGCAAUGAUGCCUGGGUUUAAAAAUUGACACGUGCUUUCUAAAAUACACCCCCAAGAGCUGCAUAAUGCUUUCAGUUCCCAGUCCCUUCACAGAGGACUCUCACUGUGUCCUGGAUGUUAGGAGGCAUGCAAAUUUACACCAUUACUCCCCAGAUGGAAGGUCUUCACUGUGUGGAGCUAAAGAAGUAUCCAGUCACUCCAUCUUACAGAUAUUUAAAGUAUUAAACAUGCCAUGGUAUAGAAGUAAGUGAGGAAAAAAUGUCAUGAGUAAAAAAAAUAAGUUUAAACCUAAAAGGCAUCUUCUACAACGUCUGCAACAUCAGAAUCCUUCAGAAAUGCCUUCCAGCCAGGAAUAGCAGUGGGUACAUUCAGAAUCUUCCAGUAGAAACAAGAAGUGACACAUUAUAAUUAUGUGUGGCUUGAUCUGCAAUGAGGGAAACCCAGAAGGUCAAAAUUUAUUUAUCUCUAUUUUUAAAUAUCUAUGGACAUACAGCAAGUCUUCUCAGGAGGGGUAAUAAAGGCAUGAAAACAAGAGCUGAAACAUAAUAAACUUCUGUUCUUUAUUAUCCAACAACCUGUACAAUUAUCCUUCAGUUUUUGAGAUGUUCAUUGCUCUUCUCCCCCGCUCAUUCAUUGAUCCAAGUUAGUGCAUGUUUUUAAUGAGCCUGUUAGUUAAGGUAAUGAAUAAAACAAAAUUACCCCAGCUCUAUCACAUAUGCACAAAUCAAGCAAUUGAGAUGACUAGGGAAGCUGACAGUAUUUGGUUCCUGAAAAUAGGUCUCUAUAUUCUGCUCCACUUUACUACAGAGAUGCUGAGCCUAUUAAUUUUUUCCCCUAUAACUAUUAUAUUAUAUGAGAUUGCUGAUAUUUUAAAAGUUGCUUUUCUAUGAUCUCACUCAUUUCCUCAGAAUUCUACUCCAUCUUCAUUUUUUUCCUAUCUGCUUUUUAAAAACACCAAAAAGAAACAUUGCUUGCUUUUUGGUAGGAGAAGUUCAAUUUCUACAGAAAAGAUCAAAGCAAAUGAUGGGAAACCCUUCCCAGCCAUGUAACAUAGUAGAGUAGCUGAGCUGCAUUGUUACAUGCUUUUGUUAUGUCCUUUUGUGUCUGUUAUGUAAAGUAUUUGUGUUAAGCUAUGAUGCUGUGCAUUAUAUUGCUAUGAUUGUCAGGAAAAAAAACAUUUAAUACCAGUGGUCUGUGCCAUUUUUAAGAAAGCUUAUUGGAAUGAAGGGAGAAUUGUAACUUCUAAUUGGAUUCUCCCUAGGAAGUGCAGGGAAAAUCAUUGGUCUGUGUCAGCUGUGGGAUGUGGAUGGUCUGGAGCAGGGUUAUUCAGCAGUUCCGUUCACUGAUCACAGCCCCUGUCUUUGAAAUUGUUCUGCUAAAGUAUGUUGCAUCUGAAGCAGUUUAGAGGAUGAAUAUUCAGCUGGCUAGAUACUGACUUUAGCUAGCACUGAUCUUUACUGGAACAUAAAGCACAAGACUGUUGAUUAUAUUUCUGAGUCACAGCCCUCCAGCAGUUUCCCAUGUGUUUCAUGGAAAAGCUCAAGUGCUCUGGUAUCUGCUGGCAGAUGUCCUCAGGGCAAUUUACACCUGGGCAAAAUGUCCCAAGACAAGGUGUUGUUUAAAAAUGCACAUGGGAUGUUUUCUGGCUUUAUGUAGGCCAGAUAUUUCAUCUGCGAACAGUGCAUUGAUUUUUGUUUAAUGUUUUUAAGCACGCUUUUCUAUUUGUCAUUAGAAAUCAAAAUGAUCUGUUGAAGGCUGUGUUUAAAGUGGUGUUAGGUACUCAUUCCACUAAGCAUGGAGUUCCAGAGUAAGGAUUAUUGCUCUCUUUAAACCCUAAAUGAAUAUAGGUCUCAGUGAGAAGGAUGUAUUUCAUUGUCUUGGAGGCUAAAUUUCUCUUUUAAAAACCAAAAAAAUCUGCAUCAUGUUAAUCAUCUUCCUAUUCAGAUGUUGAAUGAACAAAUCCACAAACUUCUUUGUAAUUUAUCUUAUAGUCAGUAGCUAUAAAAGCACAGACAACACUGGUUGGGCUCUUUGUAUAUUUUUUAAUGGGAGAUGCUCAAGAGGCAAUGCCAUUAUUUUAUAUAUGCUGAUUCUUUUUAGAUUAUGUGCUGUGAUCUAUGUGUAAUUGUUUCAUUAUAGUUUCAAAACUAGAAGGCCAUUUCAUAUGUGUAAUACACUGCAUAUUUUUAUUGUUCUUGCUUUUAUUAUGAGGCAU